AUGUCGAAGACCUUUCCAGACCAUCACCGGUUAAUAUCCUUAACUGUGCGCUGUAAUAAAGUCAUAGGCGAGGUAUCUGAGCCGUAUAAGAGAAGGUUUUUAAUGUCUCAGAAGGAUAAGAAACCGGGGUUUUCAAACCCCGCUUUACGUGCGAUGGGUAUCCCAACCAUUCGCCUGCCUAGCAGGAAUUGGUGCAUUUUCUGGUCAGUACUGGCAUUUGGUAUUGGAGGAGUAGCAUAUGACAAGUACGCUCAACGGAAAAUCCGUGCUCACUAUAUCUCUAUGAUACAGGAUCGCACGCAGGAGGCACAAGAUGUAUACCUAAAAUCAAGAAAACUUACCGUUUUUAUUGCUCCUCCGCCAAGUGAUUUCCUUGAAAAUUCUAUGAAAGUGUGGCGGCGUCAUAUUAAGCCGGUGCUGUUCCACGCGGGGCUUGAUUAUGAUGUUUUUACUGAAGAACGCCAAGGCUUGAUUCGCUAUGAAGUUGCCGAGCGCAUCCGGAAACUCCGGAAAGAUCUUUUGGAGACAAAUGCGAAACUUGUCCAAGCUGAGGAAGAUGCACGGUGGAUAAACCGUGUGCGUGCGUGGUGGUCCCCUAAGGAGCGCCUGACUGAAGAGGAGAUUGAGGCUUUGAAGGAGAAGAAAUGGCGUGACGAAUUUUCUUAUAAUCAAGUGCUAGGUGUAUACUAUAAGAAUACCAAUUCGGAUUCGAAAUCCAGUAUAAGCGAGGAUACAAUGGUAAAUGAUGCGUCAUUGGCCGGUGGUGUUAUCUGUAUUGGCAGGGGAGCUUACAAGGAAUAUGUGUCUGGAGUCAUGGAAGGUGUGCUAGGGCCCUUGGAUCCACCGCCAAAGGUUGAAGAUGAAUUACCCAAAACUGAAAGUGAACCAGAGAGCGAUCCCGAAAAUGAUUCUAAAAAAGGACCGCCUCCCCCAUACAUCACUCCUGAACAGUAUCCAAAAGCACCUUUCCCCCAGGAGCUUACUGAUAACAUUGUCAGAGAUCCUGAGACCAAAAUUCCUGCUAUAUUCCAGCAACCAUUGCUUGUAGUUCGCUUACCAGGCAUAUCAGGAUUCACUCAAAUACCCAAAAGAAUAUAUCGCUUUUACACCGCAAGAUAUUACGCAGAGGAGUGCUAUAAAGCUGCAAUGGCCAUGGUUUUACAGCAUAGUAGGCCCUUUAAUCCAGAGACUGAUCUUCAGUUAGCAUAUGACGAAGAAAUCUACUGGCCUAAGGCGUGGGUUAAACGUGGAGAAGAAAAAGGAAGUCUUUGGGUUCAAAAUGUAGUUGGAGACAACCGAGUAUUAUCAAGAAUGCAUAUAGUGGAGCCAAAGUAG